AUGGACCAGCUGCAUCGGCAGGCGGCAGCUCCUGCCCACCCGCCGGUGAGCGCGGCCGCGGACCCCAGCGGAGCGGCGGGCGGCCCGGCCGGGACCCCCGGCCACCGGGCGGCCAGCCCCGGCCCCGGGCCGCCGCCCGGCCUGGCCGCCCAGCUGCCCUCGGACGUGGCCUCCUACCUGUACACCGGCGACUCCCGCCAGCUGGCGCGGACCCCCUGCUCCGGGCGCUACGAGCUGGCGGGCGCCCCCGGGCAGCCCCCGGCGCCGGGCAGCGCCCCCGCGGCGGUGCACGGGGCGCUGGACACGCUGCUGCACGCCACGCACUUCCUCAGCGCCAUCCUGCAGAGCAACCAGUCGCGGGGCCCCGGCGGCGGGCCGGCCGCCGUGGAGUGGUACCAGGCGCUGGUCCGCAGCCUGCUGGACGGCGAGCCCAGCAUCGCCCGGGCCGCCCUGGGCUUCAGCCCCGAGGCCCGCGCCGCCCCGCCGCCGCCCCCGCUCUUCCUGCAGGCCACGCGCGACGAGGGCCGCCGCAUCCUCCUGCAGGACCUGUCCGGCCCGGCCCACCGCCACCUGGCCAACGCCUCCCUGGACGGCGAGUGGUUCCACGGGCCGCGGCGCCGCGGGAGGCCCCACCUGCCCCGGCCCGGCCCCGGCCCCGGCCCCGGCCCCGGCCCCGGCCCCGGCCCCGGCCCCGGCGGCAGGCGGAGGGACGGGCCCGGCCUGGACAGGAACCACGUCCGCUGGUCCUCGCCCUACCUGGACUGCCAGAACGGCAGCUACAGGCCCGGCUGGCUGCUCACCCUCUCCGCAGCCUUCUACGGGCUGAGGCCCGACCUGGCCCCGGAGUUCAGGGGCGUCAUGAAAGUUGACAUAAAUCUUCAGAAGGUGGAUAUUGAUCAGUGUUCAAGCGAUGGCUGGUUUUCAGGAACUCACAAAUGCCACCUUAACAGCUCAGAGUGCCUGCCAACGAAAGGGCUUGGAUUUGUGCUCGGGGCCUACAAAUGCAUUUGCAAACCAGGAUUCUAUCAUCCCCGCAUCUUUACAGUGAACAGCUUUCCAAGAAAAGGCCCCGAUCAUCAUUUUUCAGGAGGAGAGAUGACCGAGGAAGUCUACAUGUGCUUGCCCUGCAGGGAGGGCUGUACUUACUGCAUCGACGACACCCCCUGUUACGCCCCAGAAGACAAGUACCUACGGCUUGCGAUCAUCUCUUUCCAAGCCCUGUGUAUGCUGCUGGACUUCGUGAGCAUGCUGGUCGUCUACCAUUUUCGAAAGGCAAAGAGCAUCAGAGCAUCGGGCUUGAUUUUGUUGGAGACCAUCCUUUUUGGAUCUCUGCUUCUGUACUUCCCGGUGAUCGUUUUGUAUUUUGAGCCAAACACAUUUCGCUGCAUUCUCCUCAGAUGGGUUCGUCUUCUGGGCUUCGUGACUGUUUAUGGAACGGUGACACUCAAACUUCACAGAGUUCUGAAGGUUUUUCUGUCACGAACGGCCCAGCGGAUCCCCUACAUGACCGGAGGCCGGGUUAUGAGGAUGCUGGCGGUUAUCCUCCUUGUGGUGUUUUGGUUCCUGAUCGGCUGGACCUCGGCAGUGUGCCAAAACCUGGACAGAGACAUUUCCCUCAUUGGCCAGGGACAAACGUCGGACCACCUCAUCUUCAAUAUGUGCCUCAUAGACCGUUGGGAUUACAUGACGGCAGCUGCUGAAUUUUUAUUCCUCUUGUGGGGUGUUUAUCUCUGCUAUGCAGUGCGGACAGUCCCUUCAGCAUUUCAUGAGCCACGUUAUAUGGCUGUUGCAGUUCACAAUGAGCUCAUUAUCUCUGCUAUAUUCCAUACAAUUAGAUUCAUCCUGGCCCCUACUCUCCAGUCGGAUUGGAUGCUGAUGCUGUUCUUUGCCCAUACUCAUUUGACUGUGACAGUCACCAUUGGGCUACUUUUGAUCCCAAAGUUCUCCCACUCAAGCAAUAACCCCAGAGAUGAUAUUGCUACUGAGGCCUACGAAGACGAACUGGAUAUGGGUCGAUCGGGAUCUUACUUAAACAGCAGUAUCAAUUCAGCUUGGAGUGAACACAGUUUGGACCCAGAAGAUAUCAGGGAUGAGCUGAAGAAAUUAUAUGCCCAACUAGAGAUCUACAAAAGGAAGAAGAUGAUCACAAACAACCCUCAUCUUCAGAAAAAGAGGUGUUCCAAAAAGGGCCUGGGUCGCUCGAUCAUGAGACGGAUCACGGAAAUCCCAGAGACGGUCAGCAGGCAGUGCUCCAAGGAGGACAAGGAAGGGCUGGAGCACAGCGGGACCAAAAGCACUGCCGUCCUGAAGAAAAAUCCUCAGGAACCCUCGGGCGGGACGGCCAAGCCGAAAGAGGAGUCUUUGAAGAACAAGGUAUUUUCCCUGAAAAAGUCCCACAGCACAUACGACCAUGUCAGGGACCCACCGGAAGAGUCCACCAGCGUGACGAUGGAGAGCGAGGAAACGACGAGCACAGAGACCUCCUUGCUGGAGUCCCUGACUGGUAAAAAACUAGCCAAAAAGGGCACCGAAGACGCCGAAGCCGUGUCCAUGGAAUCUGUCCCCUUGGUGUGCAAGUCAGCGAGUGCCCACAAUCUCAGCUUGGACAAGAAACCGAUGCACCCGAGAACAUCCAUGCUACAGAAAUCGCUCAGCGUGAUCGCGAGCGCUAAGGAGAAAACGCUGGGGUUAGCCGGCAAAACCCCGGCCCAGAGCCUGGAAGACAGUACCAAAUCCCAGAAAUCUCCUGCUACAGGGAAAGAAGCGAACAGCAAAUAUGCCAGCAUGGAUCAGGCGGAGAAUCCAGAUUCCACCUGGAAGACCUCCAACCUUGUGGAGGACCCUGCGAAGCCCCAGAAAUCGGGGAUCAUGAAGCCGCAAAGGGCUUCCCCCUCCAUUCCGAAUACCGAGCCGAGCACAGGCCAACCUCUGCCGGCAGAGAGCUCUGACACUGGGGAGGUGUGCCCGUGGGAAGCGUACGACCUGACUCGGGGUCCCGGGCCUUCCGAGCCCAGGAUUCAAAAACACGUGUCCAUUGCUGCUGCAGAAACCGAGCCCAUUCGGCCUCCCCUCCCCCAGGAGAGAGCCCCGCCCAAGCCGCCAAAUCCCAAGAGUACAGACAAGUCCGAAGUGUGUCCGUGGGAGAGCCAAGGACAGCACGUUUCUGAAGAGGACAGGGAACGAUCGCAUCGUCAGCCUCCGCUUCUCCCUGCGGCUCCAGGCGAGCGGACAGGCCAACGCCACGCAGCCAGUGGGGGCGCCGGGGGAUACGACGAACUGCCCUCCAAAGCCGUAGCGCCACCGGUAGAACAAGAAAAUCUCAACAAAAUAGGGGACCAAAAAAGAAACACAUCUUCCUUUGAGGGGACUGUACGCCCAGCUGCCUCCUGGGGCCCCAGUAAUAACUUUCAGCAGCCGUUGACGUCACGGGCUGAGGUCUGUCCCUGGGAGUAUGAGACACCCGAUUUACCAAAUGCCGAAAGAAGUGUAGCUUUACCUGCCACCUCCACUCUAAGUGCAAAUAAAACAGCCACACCUCGGAAAUGAGAGGCGCCAGACACUUUGGAAAUGUAGCGUCAGCGGGAAGGGAAGAGACGGAGAAGAGAAGGUUCAAGGAGGAAGAUGGGAAGCCAGAAUCAAGCCAGAAGUUGACAGAAAUUCUAAGGGAAAAUUGGUCAAUCAGGGAGAACCGGGGGUGGGGGAAGGAUCGGGGUGGCCAUAUUCAAUGAGCGAGCUGUGCUCCCAAGGAGGAUCGUGGACUCGACCGAGCGAUUUCCCCAUUUAGAAACAAGAGAAUAUUUCAGCGAGCUCAGUGAUUUCUAAAAGGAAAUGACCCUGGAAGCCACCCCCUGAUUGGCAUUUACCCUUGGGAUUUGAAGAGCCUAAAGGAGGCAAAAAUGUAGAUGGCACAGAGUGGGCUGGAAGUGUUAAAAAAAAAAAAAGUCGAGGAGCAGUUGACUGAAGACUUUUCACUUUCAUUAUUUAACCUUGAUAGCACUGCUAACUUAAUGCAUCCCAAAAAUACAUUUUCUAUUAAUGAUUGCUCUCAUUUUAUUAUAAAUGUAUGUUUAAGUACACUGUUGUGUCUCAUAUGAAAGCAUUCCAGAUUGUAUAAUUUUUUGCAAAUCACUUUGAUAUUAUGUGACACAACAACACAUUUAUGCAAUCUGCAGAUACUCUACUGUUAUUGCAAUUUACAAAAUUCCUGCUCCAGCCUUCAGUUGAUUUCUUGAAUUAUGGUAAGCUUUCAUUGGCAUUGGGAGCCAUGGCUUGUAUGAGACUGUCCUUCGGUUUCUGCUGUGAUUUCUAUUGUGAAUUUUCAUUUUCCUCUCUAUUAUUUAAAAUUAUAGUUUGAUACUGUAUUAUUCAGGGUUUUUAUACAAGGUAAGCUACUUGUUUUGCACUUCUAUGUUCGCACUCAUGGCUUUAUUAAUAAUGGAGAUUUCCAUCAUCCUCCUUAGCUAUCAGUUUUGGUAAGUUCAGGGACAACUUACCCAUUGUUUGUUACAAACGAGAUACUUCCAUGGACUUCCAAGAUUUCAGCUUUAUCAUGACUCCUCAUGUUUCUCAGUAUUUCAUCCUUCAAAGAGUUUCCUAAAGGAACAGGUUAAAGGUGAGAAAAAUAUACUGUGAUUACUCUUCUUUAGAAAUGGACGCCUCCAGGAAAUGAUAUAGAUAUUAUUAGACCACAGCUGUACGGCCUACGCAGAGAAUUAGCCUUUCAAAGUCAGUAGAGGAAGGGGAGCUUGGAGAGUACAUUCAAGUGAUUAUUUUUUUUAGAAGCACCUAUGAACAAUGGGGACAUAGUGUGCAUUACUGAAUGUUCACCACAACUUGAAUUCACUACUCCAGAUCUUCUCCUUACUACAGCUUAGGGGGGCAACUCAGCAGAUGGAGCAUUAGAUUUGCAAAUGUGUACCGUACGUUUAAUUCUUACCAGGAUAGUAUCUAUUCUUUGCAAUUCUAAAGCACACACAGUAAUCUGUAUCCUGAGUGUUGCUCUCUUCCACAAGGCUUAGACCUGAAACUCAAGGUCUUGUUUGUUAAGAUCGAACACUAGACAAACAGAUUUUUGUAAUGGAAAAUGUUUUCCCGUGGACUCUGAUGGAAGUGGAAGAAUAACAUUAGCUUGUAUCUACCCUAGCGCUUAGUACAGUGCUUGGCACAUAGUAAGCGCUUAACAAAUACAUUUAAAACAAAAACAAAAAAUUGAAAUCUCUGAGCAGCCAAGAGGUUUAUCACUACUGAUGUGACUGUGUUGACCACUUCAUCGUGACUAAAUGCCAUGCGACUUGAUAAUGUAAGGCUAUUAGGGAAAUGUAAAAUCCCUGGAAAACCGCAGUCAACAAAGGUCUGCUGGGUCUUGGUGAUUCUCGUUCUCUUCACGAUAUAUUGGGAGGUGAAAGGAAAUGUACAAAAUUCAAGAAUGACUGCAUGGGGAUAGAAGCUGGGGAGACAGGAUUCUGUUUGGUGCUUGAAAAAUACUCUAAGGAUUUAACUGAACAUUUUCCCACUCCCUCACCCAGCUAACCCCUGCCUGUUUCUCAAGAGUCAGUUCACAGUGAAGUACCUCCAUAUUGUCUAUGUGCCUACUUUGCUCAUGUGUCUACAGAACAUGAUGCCUGCUAGUUGUUUUUCUCAGGUUGGGGUGGGAGAAGAUCAAGGAAAAAUGAAGAGAAUCUAUUUUUGUGUUCCCUUGAUGUUUUUCCCCCUCCUUACUUUAAUUUUGCCAGCCAAGCCCCGUCUACAUGGGGAUUUUAGAAGACUAUAUUUAAGGAAUAUCUGGUCAUUAGCACUGUCAUUUGCAGACCCUGUUAAUCAUCCCAUGUUUGUCUGGCAUGGUUAGGACUGAAUGUUCACUGUGUUCUGUGAUGGUCCUGCUAGAAACCUAAGUUCAAGAAAGCAAUAGUGAGUUACAUUUCAGUGAUUUCCUAUGUUCCUUAGGUCAUGCCCCACCAGCAUAUAGCAAUGAGAUUGCUUAGUCAUCCUUCUUGGAGUUUCACAGCCGUGACUUUAAGCCAAGAGUCGUGCAGUUUUAGAAUUAAACGUGUUUUCAAACAUAUCCACUAGAAAUCAGAAACUCAAUAAAGCAGGUCACAAACAUUUGCUAGGUUGUCCUUAUUCAGUGCAUGUGCAGACUGCAUCCCUCCUUUGUUUCUAAACCAACGUUUAUAAAUAGAUUUAUACUGAUCUUAAUAGACUUGUAUACUUUAUGCAAGAAUGAAAUGCUUUAAGGUCUGAAUAAGUACUCAACCCAUUGUAACUUUUGGUGGCAGUAUAGAUCUGAAAACCGACAGUACUUUUUAUAUUUGCUCUUUAGGUUUCUGCAUGCAAGCAAUGACAGGUAAGACUGAGAAAACACUGCCUUUGACUUCUAACAUUUUAGCUACUGAGAGUUGUAGAGUAACUAAAGCUGUAAGUCUAUUCACUUUAUUCUGUGGUUCUUCUAAGACUAUUAUCUGGCAAGCUACAGCAUCCACCAGGAAAUAUUUGGUAGAAUUAUGUCGUGAUAUUCUGCAGCAUGUAAAUAAUAUAACUUAUCUGCAAUAAAGCACAUUUAUAUGAGA